CGCGCGAACGGCGGUUGCCCUUCGGCUGACCUGCCCGGAUAUGGGGCAACUCAUAGAAUGGUUAUAGGGGGCCCGAGGAGGAGGACAGUCGCUCUGGGCUGCCAGCGGUGGGGCAGCAUUCCCUGGCGUCCAGGUGUCAGAAACACGGUGAUCCUCCUAGGCUGUUUAGGUGGCCCAGAGAGCUUGACGUGGCACUUCCUAUUUUUUAGUUUCCUGGAUCUUCCACCUGAGGCAGUGGGAGAGCUUGAGAUCCAGUUCCUCCUGUGCCUCUUCAGCCAAGGCAAAGCCCAGGGUUACAGUGUCAGCCACCAGGCGGGAGAUGUUGGGAUCCCAGCCAACAGGUGGAACAGCCACUUUUUGAAACUCUCUGAAUCACAUUUCGGGUCUUCUCUGUCAGUUGAAAUGUCUAUGAUUUUAUCUGCCUCAGUCAUUCGUGUCAGAGAUGGACUGCCACUUUCUGCUUCUACUGACUAUGAACAAGGCACAGGCAUGCAGGAGUGCAGAAAGUAUUUUAAAAAGCUCUCGAGAAAACUGGCUCAGCUUCCUGAUAGAUGUACGCUGAAAACUGGACAUUAUAACAUUAAUUUUAUUAGCUCUAUGGGAGUGAGCUACAUGAUGUUGUGCACUGAAAAUUACCCAAAUGUUCUGGCCUUCUCUUUCCUGGAUGAGCUUCAGAAGGAGUUCAUUACUACUUAUAACAUGAUGAAGACAAAUACUGCUGUCAGACCAUACUGUUUCAUUGAAUUUGAUAACUUCAUUCAGAGGACCAAGCAGCGAUAUAAUAACCCCAGGUCUCUUUCAACAAAGAUAAAUCUGUCUGACAUGCAGAUGGAAAUCAAGCUGAGGCCCCCUUAUCAAAUUUCCAUGGGUGAACUGGGGUCAGCCAAUGGAGUAACAUCUGCAUUUUCUGUUGACUAUAAAGGUGCUGGUAAGAUUUCUUCUGCUCACCAGCGACUGGAACCAGCAACUCUGUCAGGGAUUGUGGCAUUUAUCCUUAGUCUUUUAUGCGCAGCUCUGAAUUUAAUUCGAGGCUUUCAUGCCAUAGAAAGUCUCCUGCAGAGUGAUGGUGAGGAUUUUAAUUACAUUGUUGCAUUUUUCCUUGGAACAGCAGCCUGCCUUUACCAGUGUUAUUUAUUUGUCUACUACACCGGCUGGCGGAAUGUCAAAUCUUUUUUGACUUUUGGCUUAAUCUGUCUAUGCAACAUGUAUCUCUAUGAACUGCGCAACCUCUGGCAGCUUUUCUUUCACGUGACUGUGGGAGCAUUUGUUACACUCCAGAUCUGGCUGAGGCAAGCCCAGGGCAAGGCUCCUGAUUACGACGUUUGACACCAUCCUUCAGACGUGUUGCCUUGGCUUCAGGGGAAAAAGGAGGGAGCAUAUCUUAACUACCACUGUGAUGAAGAAACUGUUCACCACAAAUGAGAAGCUCUGCUGUCUUUCUCUGCAGCUGUCCUUUCCGUUUUAAGUCAGCAUGGCAUGCCUAUGAGCAUGCCGUACCUGCUACGCAAACUCCUCUCAGCAGAAUGUUGGCCAUGAGAUUAUCGAUCAGAAGGAGAUGAGGAGACCUCUCUGCAGGGCCAUGGCAGUGGAAGAACAGUCAGAUGCCAUUGGAAGACUUGGCCAGCAGCCCUGAAUCCUGGCUGGAGAGUUCAGUCAAAAAUUACGUGUGGUACUUGCUCUGAGAACUAAGCAGGAGCUCUACAACCCGGUUUGCCUUUGUGAGGCAUUAAUGUAGACCAAAUAAAAAGAUGCUGCAGUGAAUAAGAAA